UGACUCGGCAACCUGCCACUGGCAGAGGCCCAAACCUUUAGACCUGGGGCUAAAGGGCAUUUCUCCGUCUUCCCUUCUUCAUUCUCCGCUGCAGGAGUUUCCGUAGCCAUGCCGGGCAUUCAGGGAUUUCACAUCAACUCUCCUCUGGUUGAAAGCACCGCCAUGGCCAAGCGGCUCGGCACCACCGUAUACCUGAAGAUGGAGAGCUCACAGCCGGCAGGGUCGUUCAAAAUCCGUGGAAUCGGACACCUGGUUUGUAAGCUUGCAGGUUCAAACUCACAUGGAGUGGUCUGCGCUUCAGGUGGAAAUGCAGGUUUGGCUGCAGCCUAUGCAGCGCGUAAGCUCAACAUCCCGGCCACCAUCAUUCUGCCAUCGCCCUCACUGCAGCUGGUGACGGAGAAGCUGCAGGACCAGGGGGCCACAGUGAAAUGUGUGGGGAAGGUGUGGGAUGAUGCGAACGCUGAGGCUCUGCGUCUGGCUGAAAGCGAGAACCUCGUCUACAUUCCUCCGUUUGAUCAUCCUCUGUUGUGGGAGGGUCACUCCAGUGUCGUCCAUGAGCUGAAGGCCUCUUUGCCGUGCAGACCGGGGGCUGUGGUUCUGUCUGUGGGCGGCGGGGGGCUGUUCUGUGGGGUGAUGCAUGGGCUGGAUGAGGUGGGCUGGGGCAGUGUGCCUGUGCUCUGUAUGGAGACUUUUGGGGCAGACUGCCUCAACGCUGCCAUUAAAGCUGGACAUUUAGUCACUCUACCAGAUAUUACCAGUGAGGCGAAGUGUUUAGGAGCGAAGACGGCCUGCAGUGCAGCGUUUGAGUACAGCAAACGGUCCAACGUCAUCUCAGAGCUCGUGACUGACCGGCAGGCUCUGGAGGCAGUGGAGCUGUUCCUGGAUGAGGAGCGUGUGUUAGUGGAGCUGGCGUGCGGAGCUUCUCUGGCUGCGGUGUACAGCGGUGUUAUCCAGCGGCUGCAGGACGAAGGCCGACUGCCCAAACCACUCGGCCUGCUGGUGGUCAUCGUGUGCGGGGGCAGCGGCGUCAGCCUCGCUCAGCUACAGCACCUGAGGACGGUCUGCAAAUCAGAAAACUACAACUCCCAUGAUCACGUGAACAGUUGAACGUAUAUUUUUUCCCUUAAAUACGUGUUGGACGUCUGAGUUUUGCACUGAAGCUAUGAGGCAAACAUAGCUAACAGUAACAGACGUCACACACUGGCUCUGAAUGACAUGUUCUGCUGUAAAAUUACAGUAAAUUACUGGAUACUAGUU